CAGUACAAUAUUUCUGAUGGAUGUCAGUGAGUUUGGCUGGAUUGAGACACGUCAUGUGAGGUAAAGCUGUGAAAGCCAAGCAGUUCUGUGCACUCUUUCCACAUUCAGCGGCUGAGCAAUGUCACGUUCUCAGCUUUCUUGGGUGAAGAGCCGUGCGGAGGCUCUCUGGAUGAAGCGUUUGCAUGCGGGCGCUGAGGAGAACCGAGGUCUGGUGGUGAGGGAUGAGCUGGCUCAUACGUAUGGAGACGUUUGCAGGUGUGACUCUCGGGCUGCCAGUCCUGAAAGUCCGGCUGCAUUUCGCUCAGACCAUUCCUGUGAGGAUGGCACUCACUGCACACGGCCGAGAAUCACAACUUGGGAGGCGGGUUGGAACGUCACCAAUGCCAUACAGGGUAUCUUUGUGCUGGGUCUGCCCUACGCCCUGCUGCAGAGUGGGUACAUGGGUCUGCUGUUGCUGGUGUUAGCUGCACUCAUCUGUAGCUACACCGGAAAGAUCCUGGUGUCCUGCCUGUACGAAGAGGAUGAGAAUGGUCGCUCGGUCCGUGUCAGACGCACCUACGAGGACAUCGCUACUGCCUGCUGCAGACACAUCUGCCCUUACAUCGGGGGCAAGGUGGUGAACGCCACGCAGGUGGUGGAACUGCUGAUGACGUGCAUCCUAUACUUGGUUGUCAGCAGUAACCUGAUGUGCCACAGCCUGUUUUUCCUGCCUCUGACCCCGGCGGCCUGCUCCGCCAUCACCUUUCUCAUCCUGGUGCCCUGCAUGCUGAUCCGUGACCUGCGGGUGGUGUCACGUCUGAGCCUCUUCUGCUCGCUGGCUCAGUUCCUCGUCACCUUCAUUGUGAUUGGAUACUGCCUCCGUCAGUCGCCGCAGUGGGCCAGUAGGAGGCUGAGUGCAGUAGUGGUGGACUUCGAUGGCUUCCAGGUUGCAGUGGGGGUGAUUAUCUUUAGCUACACAUCACAGAUCUACCUGCCUACUCUGGAGGAGAGCAUGACCGACAGGCUAGACUUCAACAGCAUGAUAGACUGGACUCACGCUCUGGCCUGCAUACUGAAGACAGCAUUCUCCGUGGUGGCCUUCCUCACUUGGGGAGAGGAAACAAAAGAGGUGAUAACAGAUAACCUGCCCACCGCUUUGCGGAUGGUGGUGAACCUGUGUCUGCUAGCAAAGGCUCUCCUCUCGUACCCUCUGCCGUUCUACGCUGCGGCAGAAAUACUGCAGACAGGCGUCCUGAAGCUCAACCCGUCCACAGAAGGGUCCGAGCGGUGGACGCUGCUCCUGCGUGGAUCUCUCCUCCUCCUCACCCUCAUCAUGGCGCUGUACGUGCCUCAUUUCUCCCUCCUCAUGGGCCUCACGGGCAGCGUGACUGGGGCGGCCAUGACGCUUCUGCUCCCGGCGCUCUUCCACCUGCAGCUGAAAUGGACUCAGCUGGACGUGAGCCGCAGGGUGCUGGACCUGCUGAUAUUACUGCUGGGCUGUUUCUGCAGCGUCUCCGGGGUUAUAUGUUCCAUCAAAGGAAUGAUAACAGCCUUUGAAGACAAAUAGAUAGCAAAUCAUGCUCUCUAUCUUUGAGUCUGCAUUUCCGUUUGCUCUGGUCUGGUUGUUAAUAAAGUUAAACAGAGCUGUGUCUGGAGGUUAAUGAGCCUGCUUUGCUUCCUUCCACAAAUCUGACUGUGAAAUGUUAUCUAGCGUCGAGUGUUGUUGUCAUAAUUCACCAUGUUCAUUGCUCAGGCACUUACCAGGCCAAUCAUGCAUGAAAAGCACACGAGAUUCUAUUCUACAGUGUGUUUAUUAUUCUCUUGUUGUCUCUGGAGCGCAGUAAACAACUUUUGACAGUCAGUUAACUUCAUGUAAAAAACAAAUCAUAAACAUACUGCUAGCAACUAAUAGGCUUUUAAAUUAUGAGCUUCUGAAACAGCACUUUUUCAUAACUGCCUCGGUUUGUGUGUUUCUCUCUAUGCGUUGAUGAGAAUAUCAUUAUGAAAAUAGAUUUGCUUCUGCAGGACAAACAACAAGGUCAAACAGUCUGUCGUGAUCAAGAGUCUUCAAGUCUUUAUCAGUGACCAGUUCUUUAAGUAAGUAAACCUCUUUAAGUAAUGACUACAUACAGCUGUAGAGCUACUGGUGAAUGUAACCCAGCAGCCCAUGUGGCCUACGUGACAUCAGCGCAUAAAGAAAGUUGAUAAUAUAUGCAGCAUGAACUUUCAUAACAUGUCUGGCCUCACAUGCUCUGAUUCGAUAUGAUUUUUCAGUAACAGAUACUUUUUUACAUUUACCAGAGUAACAAAUUUAAAGGGGUCAUAUAAUGCUAUAUCCACUUUUACAAGUUGAUUGUACUGAAAUGUGUGUUGGCUGUGCCUGUACACAACCAUCCUAUAAUGAUAAAAAUCUAUCCAGUGUUUUUUUUUUUCUCAAAUCGAGCUUUUUCGUCUUGUGACGUCACAAGAUCGGAGGCCCCUCCCACGAUUGUUGAUUGACAGAAGCGUUUCAACACAGACUGCACUGGUGUCUUACCU